AUGGUAGACGCAAAAGAGGAGUUUGCAGCGCUUCUCGAGCAUGGUAAGAAAAGCAGAAGACACUGCGAAUGUCCGACAGAAGGCCUAUUUGCACGCGAGCUACGCCUAAGCUCAAUGUUCUCGUAUCGAGAAGAGGGAAUCGUGAGCCACGACUUGGCAACCAGAGCUAAGCUAAAGAAAAAAUUCGAAAAGCCCGAUAAGGUUUAUGGCCUUCGUCAAGUUGGAACCUUGCUGAAACUACUACGCGCUAAAGUUGGCGAUGAUGAGUCUUGCACCCUCGAAGAGAGACUCAACCCUACCCUGUUUCCGCACGACUUGAAGCCUCAGGUGUUUCCAUUUUUAUUGCUUGAAGCCAAGUCGCAGGAUCAUGCAUCGUUCGAACGAAUCGACAACCAGACGGGAUUGAUGAUACACAAGUGCCUUGCCAUUCAGCAAAGGCUGCGGGAUGCGACGUCGUCAGUCAGCCAGUGGAUAGCAGGUCCACUCUGCUGGUAUAUUUCAAGCAUCGGCGCGAGUUGGAGGAUCGCUGCAGGGUAUGCAGUAGAAAGCAGUCGCAUCGACUUUGAAGUAGCCAAUCUUUGGGUCGGUCGAAUUGAUGAGUCGAACGGGGCCUUGCAGCUUUUGCUAAUUGCUGACUACAUCUGCGACUGGGCGCGGAAUGUGCAUCGCGAAGCAAUGAUAAGAAGCUUACAUAAGCUGGCCACUGCUUCGUCUCUGAACGAUGUCGCGUCGCUUCAGUCAUUUGACAGGCUUACAGUCGAUUCGUACCAUGACAAGAGGGAUACCCAUCAUUCUCAGCCACUGGGGGCUCUCGGUGAGGACGCCAGUCAGUUGAAGAUGCUGAGAAAGCUGGAAAAAAUGAACUCAUGGGAAUCGAUAGAGUCGGAGGUGCCGCUCGAAGACCCGUUCAGACGAUUUGACUCACACUUUGGCGCCGUCCGAAACGCCGAGCGCAUCCACACUCGAUUCAUGGGCCUUUACAUCACACGGACAAAUUUACCACUUCUGUGUAACUGCACAGACUCGGAUAGAGAAUCCAAGGCGAUUAUGAACGACAUUUCCAAACAUCUGGAAACCGAAGAGCCGCUUAUUAUGGAUCAGUCGAGCUUGGUCGACCUGGAGAAAGCCUGGACCGGCCACAAUCGCACUAUCCAUGAAGACGAGUAUACUUUUCACGAAGACUCAGAAGAAGAAUUUCACGUGCUUCUGACCUUCUCAUCUCGGAAACGGUCUUUCAGGUACUACUACGUCACACAAAAGAUAGGACUCGCAGAUGGCCAAACGAUCACGUGGAAUACGACCCAUGAUAUCGAGAAAAGGGGGGCAGCUCAAGAAGGUGCCGGAAUAAUUGCUUACAUGGGAGAAAAGCUCUUAUAUGAUCAAGACACAAGUUCAGAAGAGUUGUCUGACGCCGAAGAUGAAGAUUAUGAACCAACCAGGGGCCAGGACAGUGAUGGGGACAGCUCUGAGUAUUCUGUCUUGUACGGCACCACUGAAUUUAGCGAGGACGAGCGGGGAGAAGAUGAGGGGUGGGAAGACGAGGAGGAUGAAGACUAG